UAAACAUAACCAGAAAAGUUGUUUGUUGUUAUUGAUGUGCAAAAAGAUUUGUUUAUAUCUUUUCGAAUAUAAGUUCAUUAUUUUUAUUCAUAUUUUGUUCUUUAUUUGUUAUAAACUAUAAUGGUGAAAGUGUGUGUCGUGAAAAGUUGCUCGAGUAGAAGGGAAGAUAAAGGGCAAAUAGAAAGUUACCCCGUAUCUUUUUUCCAACCUACGACAACAACUAGAUUAGAGCGAUGGUCGAAAGCGUUAGGUAUUUCCUUGAAAACUAGAGAUAAUAUAUGUCAAUUUCAUUUUAAAGAAGAAGAUGUGAAAAUGUAUGAUAAAAUUGUCAUUGGAGACACUAUCCAUUUACAUUAUUUACAGAGAAAAAUAUUGAAGGAGGAAGCCCUACCUACAAGGAAACAUCAGUUUGAGUUAAAUUCUGAGUUGCUACAAGAGCAACAAGCAAGGGAGGAUCAAUUUGUAAAACAACAACAAUAUAAAAAAACAAAACAGCAGCAACCAAAAGAGGAACCACUAAGUCAAGAGCAGCAGCAUGAACAAUCGGAACAAGAGAUUAUACAGUUUGAAGAACAACCAAAAUAUGAAAUCCAAGAUCCAUUAAAUCAAGAUGAUCAGCUAGAACAAACAGAACAAGAUCAACAUUUUGUAGAGCAUCAGAUAACGGAAAUAAUAGAGCCUAUUGCUGAAAUCAAAAAGAACAUUUCAGCAUUGCCACCUUGCUGGUUGUACAUCGACAAACCUAAAGAAAUUGAAUUUAUGCGACUAGAUCCUACAAGCAAGCAGAUCUUAAAUCAUAUAAUUUUAAAAGAAGAUCUAUCUAUUACGGUUGUUUGUUCUAAUAAUGAAAGAAAAGCUUUGGAUGAAAAAAUAGUUUCUAUUGAUGAAGUUUAUAAAUAUUUAAAGUCUGUUGAAAAGUGGCCAUUAUGUGUUGGUACGCAAUUUGAGGAAAAAAGAUACUCUGAUGAUUGUAAAGGAGUCGUCUUUGGAGAUGAAGCUUAUAAGAGACAUCAAAUGAAUCCACGCUGCGUGUCUUGCCGAGUUCUCCGUCUCCUAUUUCAGAAGCACGGUACUUCCUAAUCUAUGCAUGACCUGAAACAUUUUCUACGCCGAUCAUUGUAGAUCAUUUGCAAUAUGAUAUCCAGUAGAGACUCGACAAUCCGAAGAACGAUAAAAGUUGAUUCCCACUAUAUCUUCCAUCAGCUCCCUUCCGUUUACAUAAAAUAUUAUAUCAUGUAAAUGAAUACAGGAAACAACGUUAUCAA